CAAAUCGUGAGGCUUUGCAUGCAAGAAUGUCUAAUUCUCCAACAUUCCAAAUAGAAUGCAAAGUAUCAAUUUAUCUUUACUUAAGACCAAAUAAAUUGGGCUUCAUCAAACUAACUUGUUUAAAUCCAAUGCUUCGCAACCCACUCUCACAAUUACUUAAUAAUAGUACUUAUGGCUAUAGAUAUAGAUAAACCUAGCGGAAAAUAUAACAAUAAGAUUUACUCAAAUCGAAAGGAUUCAUGUCUCCUAAGAUUACUAGUUAAGAGAGAGUUAAUAACAAAGCACAAGCCAAAUCUCGGGGUAAUCAUAUGAAAACUCAACCUAAUUCCAAUCAGAGUUCAUAAAUCAAAAUGAAAUCAGUCGAGAGCUUAUAAGAUGACUGUAAAGUCUGAAUUCUUAAUCCUAGCUCCAAAAUAAUUGUUUAAAAAUCAGCACUACUCACCAUCAACCAAAGCAGAAUCGCUAUUUAAAUAGUAAGCAUCUGAUACAAAACAGAAACAUUCAUCUGAUCUCUUGGCUAGAUUGAAUUUCUAAACAUCCUUGACUGUAUCUAGUGUUAAGCACAAAACUACUUAGUUUUCUGGAGCAUAGAUUUACUAACUACAAAACCACUAAAAAUCGAACAGUGCUUAAUACAUCGAAUCACAAAAAUUAUCUACGCAAUCUUCCUCUUAACCUCGAAUCGAAAUUCUUACUGAUAAAAUUAAAACCAUUACAACCAGGUACGUAUUUAAAUGGAUUUAGAAAAUUUUAAUAGGAUCUUAUUCAAAUCAUCUUACAAUUUAGAUCUUUCAAGUAGAAAAUGACUAUUGAUAUCUCGACUAAUAAAAUAUCACACUUAGUGGAAUUAAUCAAAGAUGAACUCAAUAAAAAAUUCGUUGAUAAUGAUUCUCUUUCGAUAAUUGGAAUUAAAACAUACAAUAUUUCUAUACCUAUUGAUUAUAUACUUUCUUCAAUUGAUAGACCCUUGUCUUUACUUUCCAAUUGUCCUAAUCAACCUUUAAUCAUAGAACCUAUCUUAUAAGCAGAAUAAGAAAACAGAUCAUCAAGAGUUUGUCUAAAGGAUUUCGAAUUCAUUAGAUGUAUUGGAAUGGGUGGAUUCUCUAAAGUUUACAUGGUAAGGGAAAAGAGAUCAGGCCAGUUUUAUGCCAUGAAAUUAAUCGAAAAAAACUCCAUUAUUUCAUAGAACAAACAAAUUAUCAUCCAAAAUGAAAGAGACAUUAUGAGCAAUCUCAAUCACCCUUUUAUUGUUAAGAUUUAGUAUGCCUUUGAAUCAAGAAGAUAUUUAGUGUUUGUCUUGGAAUAUUGCUCUGGAGGAGAAUUGUUCUUCUUGUUAAGAAAAGUAAUCAUUUUCUAUUAAUUUAUUAGGUGAAGAGGAUGAGCGAAGAGUAAGCAUUCUUUUAUUUUGCUGAAAUCUGUUUAGGCAUGAAACACUUACAUGAUAGAAGCAUAAUUUAUAGAGAUAUUAAACCUGAGAAUAUAUUAAUAGAUUUUGAUGGUCAUGUUAGAAUAGCAGACUUUGGACUCUCAAAACAAUUAGAUUAGGAAAUAGCCUAUUCAUUUUGUGGAUCUCCAGAGUAUAUGGCUCCUGAAAUGUUGCUGAAACAAGGACACAACUUGCAAUUAGAUUUGUAUUGUUUAGGAGCUUUGCUUUAUGAAUUGAUAACAGGAUUACCACCUUUCUAUUCCAGAAACACUGAUGAAAUUUAUCAAAGAAUUUUAAAUUAGAAAUUAAGCUAUCCAUAACAUGUGUAGAUGUCCCCUCUUUUAAAAGAGUUAUUGAAUGGAUUAUUAGCUAAGAACCCUAAGAACAGAAUCGAUAAGAUUGAAACACUAUUACGACAUCCUUGGAUGACCUAAUGGGGUGAUAAAUACUUGUACAAAGACCUAUUGUCGAAAAAGAUAGAUCCUCCUUUCAAACCAGAUUGUUUCUCCUUCAACUUUGAUGAGGAAGAGUUUGGUUAAGGGGAGGCUGAAUUUUUGCAGUCAAUCAAAACUCUUUAAUAAAACAUAAUGGAAAAUUUUCCUAAAGAAACCAUCUUAAAAAACUUCUAUUACAAUCCCAAAGAGAUCAACUUAACGGAAAGCACAAGAGGUACUAAUUUAAGUACCAAAAUAUUGGAGGAGUAAUCAGGAACUCAAAGAUAAAAAUCAAAAAGGUUCAAUACAUAUGACGAUGAUAUUUCAAAUUAUGUAAAUGAAUAAAAAAUUUUGCUAUUAAAUUAAUUAAGAUUAUAAACUGAGAAUGAAUUAAAGAGGAAAUCUGCAUGA